AUGCAGAGUCUACGAAUUGCCAGACCUUUUCCCUCGCGCUUCGUCAAGACAGUCGCUCCACGCAUCCAGCGACCCUAUUCGACACCUUCGGCCGAACACAACUAUGAGCACAUUCAACUUAGCACUCCCCGUCCUGGUGUCGCUCUGAUCACCCUCAACAGACCCAAAGCCCUAAACGCCCUCUUCUCCCCUCUGAUCAACGAACUCAACACCUGCACCUCGGCCCUCGACAAAGACCCCUCCAUUGCCGCCAUCGUCCUGACCGGCUCGCCCAAAGCCUUUGCCGCCGGCGCCGACAUCAAGGAAAUGGCCCCCAAGACCUUUGCCGACGCUUACGGAAACGACUUUAUCGAAUCCUGGUCCAACCUCACUCAAAUCAAGAAACCUGUUAUUGGUGCUGUGAACGGGUAUGCCCUUGGAGGUGGUUGCGAACUUGCUAUGAUGUGUGAUAUUCUUUAUGCAUCCAAGAGUGCUACUUUCGGCCAGCCGGAAAUCAAGUUGGGCAUUCUUCCUGGUGCGGGAGGAACGCAAAGACUCACUCGUGCGGUGGGCAAAGCAAAAGCCAUGGAAAUUAUUCUUACGGGCGACAACUUCUCCGGCGAGAAGGCUGAGCAGUGGGGCUUAGUGGCCAAGUGCUUCGAAGACGCCGAUGCCUGUGUGGAAGGUGCAUUGGAUACAGCGGCUAAGAUUGCAAGUUACUCCAAGAUUGCGGUCAAGGCUUGCAAGGAGGCUGUCAACAAGAGUCAAGAUUUGGGUCUUAGAGAGGGUGUUGAGUUUGAGAGAAGACUCUUCCAUGGAUUGUUUGGAAGUCAGGAUCAGAAGAUUGGAAUGAAUGCUUUUGCUAACAAGAAGAAGCCUGAAUGGACGCAUUCGUAG